UUACAUCUGGCCGUUAUCGCGUCUUUACGCGGGCCACAGUGAGCCUCCUGCACCGCUUCCUGUUCUGGCUUUAGUUUCGUUUUCUCUGAAAUUGUGGCGCAGAUACUUUUCUCCAAGUGGACAUCCAGCUGAAGCCCUUCCUACUUGGCCUGAUUCUAAUUCAAGAAGCAGCUCACCUGUGUCGACCUCGGCAGCUUUUCUCUGCAGGCGUCGAGUGAGAGUCUUCUUCUUCAACACUUUGGACUCUUUGAAGAAACUGUGAAAGUGUGUGUGAGCUGAUGGAUCAGUGUGAGGACAGAGAGGAGGGAGUCCCUCACUUGAAAAAACCUAAGUGGGAGGAACAUGACAGCCAGACCAAAGCUCAGAGAAGCCCAGAGCAGCAGCCGGGACCAGACUCUGCUGGACCUGGACCUGGACCUGGACAAGGACCCAGCUGUGUGUCCUUCAAGAGCGACUGGUCAAAGGAAAUUUUAAUUGAUUUUAAGGGAGGACAUGUGUCUGACAGACAAGUUGACCAGGAGACCUCAGAGGUUCCCAGUGGUCAGUCUGCCCAGCAGCAUCAAACACACCUGGACUCUAUAUUUAUGCUGCUGGAGGAGAACAUUGUCACUUUUGUGAAGAACGAGCUGAAGAAGAUCCAGAAGGGUCUGAGUUCAGUUUACCCAGAAUGCUUAGAGAUUCAGAGGGAGGAGGUGUUGGACGGUGAGGAGGAAGAGCAGAGGAGCAGCAGAGAGGCAUUUCUGAAGAUCACACAGCACUUCCUGAGGAGAAUGAAGCAGGAGGAGCUGGCUGAACAUCUGCAGAGCAGACCUUCUGCUGCAGUCUGUCAGUAUAAACUUAAAUCCAACAUGAAGCAGAAGUUCCAGUGUGUGUUUGAGGGGAUUGCUAAAGCAGGAAACCCAACCCUUCUGAACCAGAUCUACACAGAGCUCCACAUCACAGAGGGAGGGACUGCAGAGGUCAGUGAUGAACAUGAGGUCAGACAGAUUGAAACAGCAUUCAGGAAACCAGACAGACCAGAAACAAUAAUCAGACAAGAAGACAUCUUUAAAGCCUCACCUGGAAGAGAUGAACCAAUCAGAACAGUGAUGACAAAGGGAGUGGCUGGCAUUGGGAAAACAGUCUUAACACAGAAGUUCACUCUGGACUGGGCUGAAGACAAAGCCAACCAGGACAUACAGUUCACAUUUCCAUUCACUUUCAGAGAGCUGAAUGUGCUGAAAGAGAAAAAGUACAGCUUGGUGGAACUUGUUCAUCACUUCUUUCCUGAAACCAAAGAAGCAGGAAUCUGCAGCUUUGAAGAGUUCCAGGUUGUGUUCAUCUUUAACAGCCUGGAUGAGUGUCGACUUCCUCUGGACUUCCACAACAAUGAGGUCCUGACUGAUGUUACAGAGUCCACCUCAGUGGAUGUGCUGCUGACAAACCUCAUCAGGGGGAAACUGCUUCCCUCUGCUCGCCUCUGGAUAACCACACGACCUGCAGCAGCCAAUCAGAUCCCUCCUGAGUGUGUUGACAUGGUGACAGAGAUGAGAGGGUUCACUGACCCACAGAAGGAGGAGUACUUCAGGAAGAGAUUCAGAGACGAGGAGCAGGCCAGCAGAAUCAUCUCCCACAUCAAGACAUCACGAAGCCUCCACAUCAUGUGCCACAUCCCAGUCUUCUGCUGGAUCACUGCUACAGUUCUGGAGGAGGUGUUGGAGACCAGAGAGGGAGGAGAUCUGCCCAAGACCCUGACUGAGAUGUACAUCCACUUCCUAGUGGUUCAGUCCAAACUGAAGAAAGUCAAGUAUGAUGGAGGAGCUGAGACAGAUCCACACUGGAGUCCAGAGAGCAGGAAGAUGAUUAAGUCUCUGGGAAAACUGGCUUUUGAGCAGCUGCAGAAAGGAAACCUGAUCUUCUAUGAAUCAGACCUGACAGAGUGUGGCAUCGAUAUCAGAGCAGCCUCAGUGUACUCAGGAGUGUUCACACAGAUCUUUAAAGAGGAGAGAGGGCUGUACCAGGACAAGGUGUUCUGCUUCGUCCAUCUGAGCGUUCAGGAGUUUCUGGCUGCUCUUCAUGUCCAUCUGACCUUCAUCAACUCUGGUGUCAAUCUGCUGUCUGAAGAACAAUCAUCCUCCCAGAAUUCUGAAACAAGAGAAGAUGAAUCUGCAGUGACACAGUUCUACCAGAAUGCUGUGGACAAGGCCUUACAGAGUCCAAAUGGACACCUGGACUUGUUCCUCCGCUUCCUCCUGGGACUUUCACUGCAGACCAAUCAGACCCUCUUAAGAGGCCUGCUGAUACAGACAGAAAGUGGCUCAAAAACCAAUCAGGUAGCUGUUGAGUACAUCAAGAGGAAGAUCGAAGAGACUCCCUCUGCAGAGAAAAGCAUCAGUCUGUUCCACAGUCUGGAUGAACUGAAUGAUCGUUCUCUGGUGGAUCAGAUCCAACAGUCCCUGAGUUCAGGACGUCUCGCCACAGAUAAACUCUCUCCUGCUCAGUGGUCAGCUCUGGUCUUCAUCUUACUGUCAUCAGAAAAAGAUCUGGACGUGUUUGACUUGAAGAAAUACUCUGCUUCAGAGGAGGCUCUUCUGAGGCUGCUGCCAGUGGUCAAAGCCUCCAAGAAAGCUCUACUGAGUGGCUGUAACCUCUCAGAGAGAAGCUCUGAAGCCCUGUCCUCGGUUCUUAGCUCCCAGUCAUCUAGUCUGAGAGAGUUGGACCUGAGUAACAACGACCUUCAGGAUUCAGGAGUGAAGCUGCUGUCUGCUGGACUGGAGAGUCCACACUGUAAACUGAAAACACUCAGGCUGUCAGGCUGUCUGAUCACAAUGGAAGGUUGUGCUUCUCUGGCCUCAGCUCUGAGCUCCAACCCCUCCCAUCUGAGAGAGUUGGACCUGAGCUACAAUCAUCCGGGAGACUCAGGAGUGAAGUUACUGUCUGCUGGACAGGAUCCACACUGGAGACUGGAAACUCUCAGGGUGGAGCCUGCUGGAGUCCGAUGGUUGAGACCAGGUCUGAGGAAGUAUUCCUGUGAACUCACACUUGACACAAACACAGUUAACAGAAGGAUUAAACUGUCUGACAACAACAGGAAGGCAAUAAAUAUGGAGAAAAACCUGUCAUAUCCUGAUCAUCCUGACAGGUUUGACUGGUGUCCUCAGCUGCUGUGUACAAAUAGUCUGACUGGUCGCUGUUACUGGGAGGUGGAGAAGAGAGGAAGAGCUAAAAUAUCAGUGAGUUACAGAGGAAUCAGAAGGACAGGAGACAGAGAUGACUGUGUGUUUGGAAUGAAUGAUCAGUCCUGGAGUCUGGUCUGCUCUGAUGUUGGUUACUCUGUCUGGCACAAUAAGAGUGCAACAUCCCCUCCCUCCUCCUCCUCUGUCUCUGACAGAGUAGCAGUGUAUGUGGACUGUCCUGCUGGUACUCUGUCCUUCUACAGAGUCUCCUCUGACACACUGAUCCACCUCCACACCUUCAACACGACAUUCACUGAACCUCUUUAUCCUGGCUUUGGGUUCAGGUCCUGGAGCAGGUUGGAGUCCUCAGUGUCUCUGUGUUCCCUGUAGGAGGGAGAGUCUCCUCCUACUCGUUACAUAUGUAUAGUGAUGUUUGUUGAUCUGUCUGGAUAAUUAUCACAUUUAGUGCAACGACAGGCUAGUUUGCCUUAAGAUACUUAUGAGCUCCUAUUAUGUUGUAAUUCUUGUGACUGUAUGUUUAAAAUAUAUAUAUUGUGAUAUUUGUUCAUCUGUUUGGAUAAUUAGCGCAUUCUUUCCGUUUAUAUUAUAAUACUUUGUAUAAGAUGUUGAUUUUAUAGGUGUCAUGGAAAACAUGGAUUGUGCUGGUCACAUGACCUGCACAGGGUCUGCUUCGCACGCCUGUAAGUGUUUUUGUAAUUUCACUGUGUGAGCCUGAAGAAGCAAUUGCCGAAACAGGUUGCUCGCAAUAAAGGUAGUAAAGUCAGA